CCGAAGCCCUCUGCUGCUUGGAUAAACCGCGGACGUUCCUUUGCUCUCGACGGGCGGACCAGGCAAUUGCAUAGAUCUCUGUAGCCAAGAUACUCUUCUUUCUUUGCUGAGAGAAGGAAUGGUCUACAGUUUCCUCUCUGUCUAGCUCACUAUCAGAAAUCUUCAAUCGACCAAUCGCUGAGCAUCUGCUAUCAAUAUGCCAAAUCUUGUGACGGUUGCGACGUGCAACUUGAACCAGUGGGCUCUGGACUUUGAAGGAAAUACAUCUCGUAUCAUCGAGAGUAUCAAGAAGGCAAAAGCAGCCGGCGCAAAGUUGAGAGUUGGCCCCGAGCUGGAGAUUUGUGGAUAUGGAUGUCUUGACCACCUUUUGGAGCAGGAUCUCUACCUGCACUGUUGGGAGAUGCUCGAGAGGAUUCUCAGUGACAAAGAUUGUUCUGGAAUGAUACUAGACAUAGGUAUGCCGGUGCAGCAUAAGAAUCUUCGCUACAACUGUCGAGUGAUAUGUCUGGAUUCGAAGAUCCUCUUGAUACGGCCCAAGAUGUCUCUGGCUAAUGAUGGAAAUUACCGCGAGAUGAGGCACUUCACACCCUGGAUGCGUCCUAGGCAGUAUGAGCAAUACCUCUUGCCCCGUAAGAUUCAGUUACUACAGGGUGCAACUCACGUCACUUUUGGAGACGCUGUAAUCAGCACUCUCGAUACCUGCAUUGGAGCAGAGACUUGUGAAGAGCUAUGGACUCCGGACCCGCCGCACAACCAUAUGUCAUUGGAUGGAGUUGAGAUCAUCACGAAUAGCAGUGGCUCCCACUUCACGCUUCGGAAGUUGGAUACUCGGCUGGGGCUCAUAAUGGAAGCUACCAAGAAGAACGGUGGAGUCUACCUGUAUGCGAACCAACAAGGAGUGGACGGCGAGCGGUUGUACUAUGAUGGCUGCGCAAUGAUCGUCGUGAACGGCAAGGUCUUAGCGCAAGCAUCUCAAUUCUCUCUUUCCGAUGUCGAGGUCGUUACGGCUACUGUCGAUCUGGAUGAAGUCAGAGCUUAUCGCUUUGCACCUUCUCGUGGACUUCAAGCCGCCGUCACCCCGGCGUAUAAGAGAGUGGAGACCGCGUUUUAUCUCACAUCAGAUGAUGAAGACCUUGGCAAGAUCCCCAGUCCUGAGCUUGAAAUCAGAUACCAUACACCUGAAGAGGAGAUCGCUCUAUGCACCGGUUGUUACCUAUGGGAUUACUUAAGACGGUCAGGGGUCUCUGGGUACCUUGUUCCGUUAUCGGGAGGUAUCGAUUCAUGUGCCACAGCGACUAUGGUCUUCUCAAUGUGUCGUCUUGUCAUUGAAGCCUGCGAAGCAGGCAAUGAGCAGGUGAUCGCAGACGUACGACGUCUAGCGAGAUACACUGAUAGUAUUCCAAAAACACCCCAGGAACUUUGCAACCAACUGUUCCACACUAUCUACAUGGGAAUGUCGAAACAAUCCUCGAAAGAGACACGACAACGGGCUAAAGAUCUCUCGGCUGCAAUUGGCUCUUACCAUGUCGACCUUGACAUCGAUGAGGUCUACAAUGCUCAGCGCAACCUCAUAGUCAACGCUUUAAACUUCGAACCCAAAUUCAAGGUAGAGGGUGGCUCUGUGACCGAGAAUCUCACCUUGCAGAAUAUUCAGGCCCGCUCCCGCAUGGUCACUGCCUACGAGUUCGCUCAAAUUCUGCCUCUUUCCCGUAAUCGACCUGGAGGUGGAUCCCUCCUUGUACUUGGAAGCGCCAACGUAGGAGAAUCCCUCCGUGGAUACUUGACGAAAUACGAUUGCUCCAGUGCGGAUAUCAACCCCAUUGGUAGCAUUGACAAGCAAGAUCUCAGACGCUUCAUCGCCUGGGCACAAAAGAACUUCGACCUGCCCUGCCUUGAGGAGUUCCUGGAUGCUGUUCCCACAGCGGAACUCGAGCCUGUUACCGAAACAUACGUGCAAAGCGACGAAGUGGACAUGGGCAUGACGUACGAUGAAUUGACCGUAUUUGGCCGACUCAGAAAGGUUCAUAAGCUAGGUCCAUUUGGAAUGUUCCAGCGCCUCGUUCAUGACUGGGGUGCCGAGCGCCCGCGAGUUUCUGGUGACAAUCUACCCGUGUAUACCCCAGCUCAGGUCGCAGAGAAGGUCAAGCGCUUCUUCCACUACUAUGCAAUUAAUAGACAUAAGAUGACGACGUUGACGCCUUCCCUGCAUUGCAACGACUACUCACCGGAUGAUAACCGCUACGACCUGAGACCCUUCCUUUAUCCAAGUUACUGGAGCAGCUGGGCAUUCAAGAGAAUCAACGAGCAACUGGAAAAGCUCGAGGCGCUGAAAAAGUAGACAAGUCGCCCUGGAAUGCAUGUGAUGCAUAUAGACAGAUUAUAUAGACCUCGGGUUCAUUUAUUCCUGGACUGAAAUAUGUCGGAAUCCAGCAGAAAUGUCGCUCUUCCCAUAGCUUAGAAUAUUGUUUUCUGCACAAU